AUGCAUCACGAAAAGAGGCUUUCCGAUGUGGUCGAGGGAACAACUUCAUCGCUUCUCCACAAGCCCACUCCUUCAUCAUCAACCAGUCAUAAACAAAAACGAGAAUAUACGGAACAUGUUGCUCUUUCCAAAGAAUUAUUCUUACUGAGUGAUAAAACAUUCACACAACAAUUUUCAAAGUUAUAUGAACAUCGUAUCAAAACACUCAAACCUCCAUUGUUGAAGAAGAUUUCCAAACUCUAUCCGAAGGCCACACACGCCAAAUCCAUGUUAGAUCUUUCCAUGGGGGUGGAAUAUACGGUAGUUGGUACUCUCUACAAAGAAAUGAAAUUGAAACCAAACAUUUUGAGAGAAUUCACAUUGGAUAAAACAGCAUCGGAAGUUGCACAAAUCGAGAAUCGAAAUAAUUAUGUAUCCAAUGAUGAUUAUUUAAUCCUUGAAGAUGUCAAUGGUUCAAGAUGCAAUGUGAUAUUUGAAGGAAAGCAAUCCGAAAAGAACAAAAUAAUGACAAACCAAUUAGUGACAGGAAUCGUGGCUGGCUUGUUUGGAGAAAUCGACAGUAAUGGAACUUUUAUUGCAAGAGAUAUUGUUUUCAACGAUAUGGCACCACAAAAUGCUCUUGUUUCCAACUCAAAAGAUGCUUAUUUGGCUGUUUUAUCAGGUAUAUGUGUUGGCCACCCAAAAUUUGAUGCGGUUGCCACCCAAUUAGCUUUUGAUUUUAUCACUGGAUUGGCAACUAGUGGAGCAUUAGUGAAUAAUGUUGUGGCCAAGAUAUCUCGAGUUAUUAUUGCAGGAAAUGUGGUAAUUGCACCAGAGGAUCAAGGAAAGCUGUUUGAUGUUCGAGGAUCCUUGAGACCGAAAGAAUUAAGCUCAAUUGCCGAGUUCAUGAGGACUUUUGAUAUUUUAGUUGAACAACUUGCUUCAAACGUAGAUGUUGACAUUUUGCCUGGCUCUAAUGAUCCAUCUAAUGUUACAAUUCCACAACAACCUAUUCAUCCUUACAUGUUUCCAAAAAGUGCAUCGUAUUCUACUUGUCAUCUAGUCACUAAUCCUCACAUCAUUAGAGAGAACCAUGUAGACGUGGUCGUCACAUCAGGUCAAACUGUAGAGGAUGUUGAAAAAUAUUCUGUCUAUAAUUCAAGAUUAGACAUAAUGGAAAAUAUGUUGAAAUGGGGACAUUUAGCUCCAACAUCCCCAGAUACAAUGAGAUGCUAUCCUUUCCAGCAGGUAGAUCCUUUCAUUAUCAAGAAUACACCUCACGUUUUUGUGUGCGGAAAUUGCUCAAAGUUUGAAACAAAAUUGCUGGAAUUUGAGCAUGCUCGAACCCGAUUAGUUUGUGUUCCUGAGUUUGUGACGCAGCCCACCAUUGUUCUCAUUAAUUUGCGAACUCUUGGUUGUUUCCCCGUGAACUUCUCUACAGAACAUGUGAUCUAA